GGGUUCAAAUGCGAUGUUCCUGAAAAAACGUGUCUUAUAUAUUCAAUAAUACCACAUUGCAUUUAGUUUUUGCUUUGUGUGUGUGUGUGUGUGUGUUUUUGGUUGACCUAAACUGUUCUUUUUUGGGGGGGCGGAGCAAACAUCUGGAUCACUUCUUUAAAGAGACGCACGAUUCAGAGAGUGGCCAGGAGGCAGGAGGAAACUGAUGGAAACACACCUGGUGAUGAUGUAUAAAGUACAGGUUUCAAUGGAAUGGAUGUUUAUUGUAGUUUUGCAAGUCAUCUUUCAGCCAGCUCUCUCAGUCCUGUUCACGGUGGAGGCUGAGCAAACUGAAUACAACUCAGAGUUUGGAGGAACUGUCGUGAUGGGCUGCAGGUUCAGCAAUAAACCAUCAGAGAAUCUUAACAACCUGAAGGUGUCCUGGCUGAGGGUGGGGUCCAGCUCCGUGCUCACGGCGCGGUUUGACAGCGGAGCGGAACAGACCGUCUCUCCAGCGUAUCACGGUCGAGUCGAACUCCUCACAGAGGAGCUGAGAGAUGGCUGGGCCAAGCUGCAGAUCUCCAGGUUAAUGAUCAACGACUCUGGGAAGUACCAGUGUCUGGUCCACACAGACGAAGGAAGCGACUAUAAAACUUUAAGUCUAUCUGUUGCAGCUCCCUAUAAGACAGUGAUCAAGCGCGUUGAGAAGGCCGCAGAUUGUGAUCAGGUGCUGAUAAGCUGCCAGUCUGAGGGAUUCCCCGAGUCCUCCGUGCUGUGGCAGGACGGACACAUGCAGACGCUCAACGCCAACACCACCGUGGCGUCCACGCCGGACCAGCUGUUUCAAAUCACCAGCCAGAUACAAGUCAGCUCAUCAGAGGAGAACAACUACACAUGCCAUUUCACAAAGGAUGGCACCUCCGCUACAUUUCUUAUUCCAGAUGAAAUACCGGUCUCUCACAUAAAAAGCGACGCUCUCAUCAUUCUGUUAAGCAUCGGGGUCAUAACGGUCAUCAUUGCUGUUGGACUGUUCAUUUAUGGACGAAAGAAAGGUUUCGGCAGUCUGAGCACCAGAGACCUUCUGACUGACAUUCGGAACAGAUCUUCAUCUCCAGCUGCUGCAUCUCCAACAGUAGAACAAGAGAACGAGACAACAUCUUUUAAAGUCAGGGUCUGUCCGUGAAACCCCCAGCUUCAGUCCCAAUGGCCACUGGGACAUGUUUUUUUUUUUCUGGAAGACAGCUGCUGCCUACAUUUUGUCUCAUCUCAACUCAUCUUGGACAGAAGGGUCAACAUGUGACCUCUCUCCCUUGAUCGCAGCGGCGUCCUUUCCCCUUGCUCAUAUGUGGACUGCUGCGCUGGGACGAUGACCUGUUUGAGGAAAUAGCGCAGAAGUGUCAGCAGAAGAGCUGCGAACAGAACUGUACUGGCCAGAGAGAGAGAGAGAUUACUCGAAGACAAGUUAAGAAGGGAACUUCACAUGGAGGGCACGGGUUGCUGGUUGUUGUAUCCUGCUCAGAACAUUUUCGCUUCAAAGCUUGAAGCUCAAAAAGCAAUCUCUUCAUUCCGCACCUUCACAUUGUUACCAAAUGACUGUAUCGGAUUGCGUUUUGUUUUCUGUUACAUUUCUAUGGAAAGACUUUUGUUUUUGUAAGCCCUGAUGUUCUGCUGCACUGUGUAAAAAGGAGUAAAGCACUUACCUCAUAUUACAGAUUUUCAGCUGGAGAGAAUAAGAACAGAAAACCCUGAACUCACGUAUUUCUGCAUUUUGUGUCGAUGUUUUUCUUUAGAAGCCCAAGUAUGCUGCAUAAUAUGUAUA